GAUAACCUGAUAUAUGAGUCUGCAUUAGGAAAUCAUAUAUUUUGUAAAAUUUCUAUCUUCAAAGGACAACUAAACGAUACUGGUUUUCAUUUCACAACAAUCCUUAAUAUCCGCUUUCUCAACAAGGUUAAGGACCUAGUAUUUUUCACAAUGUCAGUUUUAGCGAAAGAAUUGGGUGAUGAUUUUCUAAGUUGCGUUUUAUGUCAGGAAUUGCUUAAAGAUCCAAGACUUUUGCCCUGCCUGCAUUCCAUUUGUAAUGCAUGUGCAAGUUUCCGGCUGGAUAAAAGUGAUAAGUUCAUUACUUGCCCGAUUUGUGAAGACAUGGUGACCAUUUGGAAUGUCGAAAAUACAUAUCUAAAUCCCUGGUUAAAGAAUAUCAUAAGUGUUAUCAAAAUAACUCAAAACUCUGAAGGGAAAUUCUGUUCUUUUUGUGAGUUGAAAGGUGGAAAUCAAGAAGCUGUUGCAACAUGCCUGACAUGCUUUGACCUUUUAUGCAAAACGUGCUGGGAAAGUCGACACACAUUUACAACUUUGACAAAAGAACAUCAUGUGGUGUCUAUUGAAGAAGCGCAGAGUGGAUGUUAUGAUUCAGAGAUAAGAUCAAAUCAAACUAUUUGUUGUUCUGUCCACAAAAAUGAGUAUUACAAAUUCUUUUGCAAGACCUGUGAUGUCCCAAUAUGUCGAGAUUGCACAGUUUUACAACACAGAUCACACGACCACAUUUCACCAAAAGACGCCCUAAAACAUUCUGAACUGUGUUUACAGAAAGAAAUAGACCGCGUUGAAAAGGGUAUCAAUCAACUGAAGAUACAACAAUCUGAACUUGAUAAACAAGCGAAUGAUUCUGAAAACUGUGAAGAAAAUUUAAGAAUUCAAAUUGAGACAACCUGUAACAGCAUGAUAAAUAAAAUCAGUGCUCAAAGGAGAUCAUUGGAAAAAAGUUUGACUCAGUCGCUUAAAAACCCUAAGGAAAAAACAAAAUUAAAAACCGAACUGGCGAAAAACAAAAUAAGACUACUCGAAAGGACCACAUCGUUUUGUAAAUUCUUGCUUAAAUAUGGAACAGACUUUGAAAUACUGAGUCUGCAAAGUUUGGUUAUGAGAAGGGUUAAACAUACUUCAGUUAAAUUUGAUCAGUUCCCAUCUUCAGAGUACAGAGUAACAAUGCCAAGGUUAUCUACAAGUUGGAAGGAACCGGAUUUUAGAUUGAUUUUUGAAAAUGGACUUAAUACAGUGGAAAACGAAACAUUACCAAUGGAAACAAAAAGCGUACAGACAGAUGAAGAAGAAAAGAACAAAACUGUAAUGGGUAUAUCUCAAAGUGAAAAUAUUGAUAUUGGUAUACAGUGCAACAUCAUAGAGCACGAUAUACUAAAGGGGGAUAAAGCCGUACAAACUUGCCUGUAUAGCGAUAUGGUUAUACAAUGUUCUUUGCUAGCAACUCGUUGCUUUGUUAAUUUACACCAAACUCCAAAAAUCAGUUGUUUAUCAUGGAUGACUAAUGACUCUUUUAUUGCUGUUGACCAGUGUAAUAGCAGUGUAAAUCUGUGCUUUUUGGCGUUUUCUGGAAAUGGUAUGGUAUUGGAAAACUGCAUUGACUCAACAGUAACUAGCUGGUGUAUAGCAGUAAGAACAGGGUCUUCAGAAAUAAUUGUUUUGGACCACAAUUGGAGCAAAAAGAAUUGUGUAUCUAAUGUAUCUGUCUUAUUCGCUACUCCGCCACUUUCGAUUCUCCUUGCCUGUACUACAAAUUACGCCAUUUCAGUCUUUUCGCAUGGUAUGACACUUUUAAAAAGGCUGGAGUUUACUGAUACAAAAGGAAAUCCCUUAGUUUUAAAAGAUCCACGAUUCGGUUGUAUCUUUUCCUCAGGUAAAUUUGCAGUGUCAGACUUUGACAAUGACUUUGUUUUCAUAUUUGACGAAAACGCCCGAUUGUUCCGCAAAGAAUUCUGUUUUCCCGGUCCAAUUGCCACUGACAAAGAUGACCUGAUCUACAUUGCUGAUUUUUACGAACAUCGUAUCAUUGUGACAAAUUUUGAAGGAUCCCUCAGGAACACAAUUACGUUGUUACCACAUGUGUCUCAUCCAAGAAGUAUCUCCAUCAGUUCUGACCACAAACUUGCUGUUGCUUUUAGAAACAGCGUUGCCUUAUUUCAACUCAAGAUUGAAAACGUUUCAUGAAAACCAAAUCUUACAGUAGUUUAAGACAUACUCGUAAGGAAAUAAUAUGAAAUUAAUGACUUCAGGACUCAUACUUGUAUUGGAAACAAGUUAUCACAGAAUUAAGAACAUAAUAAUCUGAAUGCAUAUUACAAAACAUUUAAAACUUAUUGUACAUUACAUAUAUUACACUGACUUUGUUUUUAAUGCUUCAUUGAUAUUUACUAUAAAAUAGACCGAAUUAGACCGAACUUGAUAUUUUGUGCUUAGUUCCGGGUGAAUAGCUUGUAAUCUUAACUCUUGAAUAAUUAGUAGUAUCAAGUUUUUAGCAUUUAUUUUAAGUGAUCUAUCCACAGGCUUUCCUAAUUAUGUGUGAAACCAGUUUAGAAUACUAUGUUAGUUUAGUCCAUUUUUUAAUGAAUAGUCCUUUCAAAUGCAAUAAUUUAACUGCUCUGCUUCAUGGACAUCAUGUCAUAAUGCAUUUAGUAAGGUGAAAAUGCUAAAUUACUAAAUAAAAUCAACACUGAUAUAGAAAGUCAAUUUCAACUAGGCCCAGAAAAAUAUUUCAGGUAAUUUCGCUUAUCUCCAUUUUUUGAGAAAUCAUUACUUGAUUAUUUGCUUUUAUAAAUUUAUUAUUUUUUAUAAAACUAGGUUGCACACCUGAUUUCCAAAAGAAAGGAGAUGGGUGAAUAAGGCGCGUAAAAUGCCCAUACACAGUCAGACAAGCUACCGAAAAACUAAAAUAUCUGAUUUUUUUUUUAAAAUCAUUUAAAACAAUAUACAUUUACCAUAUCAUUGAUUUUUAACAUGUCCAACACUUGGAGUAUGUUGACUCAGACAGGCAUAUACGUAUCAAAACCUGCAAAUAGUGUCAUUUUCUUAUAUAGAGUGGGUCUGUGCUCCAUAUUUUUCUCAUAGUGUAAAGAAGGUCUGUUGGAAAACAAACCAAUUUCCAUCAACAAAAACGUGGAGAGAUGUCCCACUAUACAUUAAAAAUAUCAUUUUGUAUCCCAACAAUUGAACGUUUUAAAAAAAUAAUACAAGUCCAUAAAUUCG